CUCCCAAGACUAAUUCACUGACUGCCGACUUUAUGUGACGUGCUAGGAGCCACCAUGCCAUCAAAAUCUCCUGCUCAGACGCUGCUGGAGAGGGCCGACAAGAAAGCUAAUUCUUCUACUGGAUGGUUCAGCUCAACGUCUACGAAGUUUGAGGAAGCCGGCGAUCUCUACCAGCAGGCUGCAAACGCUUUCAAGCUGGAGAAGCAAUUCAGGGAGGCUGGUGAUGCGUAUGCAAGGGAAGCUGAGUGCAGGGAGAAGUGCAAGGAAAUCAACGAAGCUGCAAAUGCGUGGUGGAAUGCUGCCAAAGCGUACAAGAGAGGUCAUCCUGGUUUGGCUGUCCAAGCAUUAGGACAGACCGUUACACACUUGACCUCGUCCGGUCGUUUUCGACAGGCCGCAGACAGAGAGAAAGAGAUCGCCCAGAUAUAUCAGCAUGAACUGAGUGAUCUUCGGAGGGCAUGCGACAGUCUCGAGCGUGCGGCGGAUUGGUAUGCUCAAGAAGAUGCAACUGCCACUGCGAACGCAUGUUUUAAAGACGCUGCGGAUUUGCAUGCCGAGCUCGAGGAGUAUCCCGCAGCCAUUCAACGUUAUGAACAAGUAGCAGACCAAUCCCUUACGUCGGCGCUCACGAAGUACAGUGUCAAGGACUAUUGGUUGAAGGCCUGUCUUUGUGCGCUUGCCAUGAAGGAUUCCAUUACCGCGAAGCGUAACAUUCAGAAGUAUAUGGCACAAGAUCCUACUUUCGCGUCCACCCGCGAGUGCAAAUUUGUCAAUGCUAUAAUCGACGCUAUCCAAGCUGACGAUCAGCAAGCAUUCACUGGAUGUGUAGUGGAAUAUGACCAAGUCACGAAGCUGGAUAAUUGGAAAACUUCCAUUUUACUAAAGAUUAAGAGAACUAUCGAAUCAGAACCAACUAUUCUCUAGUUGACCAACAAUGCUAGUCAUUUGUAACUACUACAUACCUACGUUCCCCUGGACAGUGCAAAAGGCUCAGAAAUCCGCAGUGGACGACGUGGACACGCAAUACGCCGUCACGUGACCUUAACACAUACAUUAUGGGGGGAACGUCUCCAAGCAA